CAUUCCUGACUAUAAAUUGCCAUUUGUCAGCUCAGACAGCAUUAGAGCUGCAAGGAAUCUGCAUCCAUUUGAUGUUUUCAUUGGUGUCUUGAUCUGAAAUCCACAAUGCAAGUUAUGUAUUUCAAACUUGCCAUUUUGUGCUAUGCGAUCACAGCUGUGUUGCCUGCAGGAGUCCGCUGUUCUCCUCGCUGUGAUAUCUCCCUGACCGCGGACUGUGAUGAAAUCUACAAAAACAUCUCCACCAAGAGCAGUGUGUACACCAUCUACCCGGGUAUUACACCAGUUCAAGUGUUCUGUGACAUGGACACUGAUGGAGGGAAGUGGACGGUGAUCCAGAGAAGAAUGGACGGCACAGUGAAUUUCUACAGACCCUGGAAGCAGUACAAAGUCGGCUUUGGAAAUGGAUCCGGAGAGUACUGGCUGGGACUGGAGAACAUGCAUCUCCUCACCAAGAAGAGACGCUAUGAGCUGAGGGUGGACAUGGAGGACUUUGGGGGAAACAAAGUGUUUGCCAAGUACUCCUCAUUCUCUGUUGGCUCUGAGGCUGAUGGCUACAAGCUGCACGUUUCAGGCUUCACGAACGGAGGAGCAGGGGACUCUCUGCUGUAUCACAAUAGACACAAGUUCAGUACCUUUGAUAAAGACCAGGACGCAUGGAGCAAAAAUUGUGCAAGUACUUAUUACGGAGCCUUUUGGUAUAAGUCUUGCCACACGGCUAACAUCAAUGGUGUAUAUCUUUGGGGAACAACAUCACACUUUGCAACAGGUGUAGUCUGGUACGCCUGGAAGGGCCAUCAUUACUCCCUGAAAGCUGUGGCAAUGAAGAUAAGGCCGGUUUCUUGAGCAGAUAUGAAUUGUGUUGUCUACCUUCUAGGCUGUCCCAGUCUUAUGUAUCAAAGGUACAACAUAGUCUUGCCAACAAUCGAUAUGGAAAACAUCUACAUUUUCAAAUGAGAGAAUCAGUGUAAUGUCAUUAUGGGUGUGUGAUCAGGGAAUAUCUACUCUUUAUAUAUGUAAUCAAAUGAAAUCAAUCUCUCAGGUGAACUGUCUUGUGAUGUAACUGAAUGUCAUGUAUCUCAAGUUUAUCAGAAGGUACUGUAAUGGUGACCAGUUUUUCUGCUCUGUGAGACAUUAACAGUAACUUGACCUUUUCUCUAUGAAUAAAAAUAUGCAUGCAAAGCAAA